GGCAUAGUCUACAAAAGCUGAUGCUAAUUCAGAUCUUUUCUGAGUAUGGAGCUCGAGUAUCUAGGGUGUAUCCAUGGUGUACCCAUACCUAUGAACAGGUUUUGUGGGUCCAUUUCGAAACCAACUCCGUUAUGCAUGCGAGUCAGCGAAUCAGCUACGGCACAGCCUGCAUCCUACGACUAUCAUUCAUUUAAUGUUGUGUUUACAGCCUGCAAACAUCUGCAAUAAGACGCCUGGAAGCCCUGUGUUCCGUCGACUUUCAAUUUAAACCUUGGUCAACAAAGCUAUCCUUUCUCAUGCUGUCCUUAUUGACACUCGGGCUUUUGACCCAGGUAUGCCUCGCGAGUGAUUAUUGGAUCUCGAAGUGGAGCGAAACACCUGUUGGUCCUGAUGGUCCAUGGCACGCUUUGAACGUCUCAUGGGACAACAAUCCACUGCAGACGUUUUCAAUGCUUCCAUCACUCACGAAAACGUCGCUUCUUAUCGCAGAAGAUGCUUGUUCUCGACAGCAGUCAAUAUGUCCGAAUCAAGUACAAUCUGGUGACUGGCCUAUGUGGACAUCCUCGGCAGCACACGAACCAUAUCUUAAGAUGGAUAGCAACUUGUUUGGUGCAGAUUCCUGGGACGACACUGUUUCAUCACCUCUGAAUGUUUCGGGCGAUGGCCAAUGGGUCCAUGAGAGAGGCAUCAUAUGGAACACCGACAAUGACUCAGCAGUGCUUAAUGACCAGGCAGUCACCUUGACACAUAAUUUCACCGUGAACUAUCCGGGGCGCGAGGGAUAUACGGUGAACACCGGAUACUUCUCCCUCUAUGGGGCUGAGAAAAGCGCCACAUGGCUCAACGCUACUGGAUCCAACGUGACCCAAGACCUUCAAUUGGCUACUGUGCAGAAUGUAUCAGCCGCUUCAUCUCUCUCUUAUGGACUUCACAUUGGCUCUCCAAGUUUGAACAUAACACCAAGUCUAGUUCUGGGCGGUUACGACAAGUCUCGUUGCCUCGGUGGGCUGGUCACUAGCCACAGUCAGACAUUCCGGCUGGUCAACAUUGGAUACGGAGCUGAAGGCAGAGGAUGGCCUUUCACGACGGGUGGACACAAUCCGGUCAAUGCUUCGUCCAACUCCCGUGGUGGAUUGCUUGUAAACAAUGCGCCUCUCCAGGUCUUGGCCAACCCAGGUGUUCCAUACAUGUAUCUCCCUCGCGACUCGUGUGACGCGAUCGUGGAGUAUCUUCCGGUGACAUUUGACCCUGAGCUCGGCUUGUACAUCUGGAAUACGACUGAUCAGCACUACACGGAAAUCACAAAAAAAUUAGCUUGGUUGUCGUUUACCUUCGUGAGUUCUCCCAACACCCCUAAAGAAGCAGAAGUAAAGAUCUACGUACCAUUCGCGCUUUUGGAUCUGGAGCUUGAUUCUCCUCUCACCACUUCGAAGACUCGAUACUUUCCAUGCAGUCCGUUCACCCCUCGCGAAGGUCAGCCUUAUCAUCUAGGACGCGCUUUCUUGCAAGCAACCCUUCUAGCCCAAAAUUGGGAGACCAACACUACCUGGCUUGCCCAAGGGCCUGGUCCGGAUCCAAUUGAAGCGCCGCAACCCGUCACAAUUGAUAGAGAUGAUACCAGUAUUUCAUUGGUGAACUGGGUGCGCCCAUGGUCGGAUACUUGGAACACGACAAUCCCCUAUUCCGACUGGUCGUCGUUGCAUGAUGUCAACGCUCCUGACUCGAUUUCUCUGUCCGGUGGCGAGAUUGCAGGAGUUGUCAUCGGUGUAGUUGCAGCUGUUGUGAUCAUCGCUGCGGUUGUGUUCUUCUUCGUCCGCCGCCGUCGCUCCAAGGCUAGAUAUGGAGACGUGGAUCUGAUCUCGUUCGCGGAUAGCGAGAGCGGUGCACCCAAAGCAAUGGAGCUUGAGACCAAGGGCCCUGUCGAAGCUGCAUCUUCGCGUAUCUAUGAAGUGGAGAGCGAAGCCGCUCUCGAAGCCGCGUCUUCGCCUAUCUUCGAAGUGGAUAGUCCAGGAAAGUACUCACACGUGAGUGAACUGCCAUUCAGUCCAGCAAAGGGACAUAUCGCGGAGCUCGAUGGUGGUAUAGCUGAGCUACCUGCUCACGACGUGCACAGCGAGUUCAAAACAUCCUAAGUGUUGAGAUGAAUGACAAGACACCCAGAGGCACUCCUCCCCGUGUGCUAAAGUUUGUCACUGACACUGCUGUCAAAAUGCACGAUGAUUUUCAAAAGCAGAACUAGGUUCAAGGAGAGGGCGUCAGUUAGUCGCUCUC